GGAUGGAGCCUGCUUCAUUCACCGGCGGCAGGAGAAGCGCUCGGGGCAGGCGCUGCUCCUCCACUACUACAGCGUGAAAACAAAACACAUCCUCCGGCCAAGCAGUGCUGCCUUGGCUCGGAAAUGCAUUUUCCAGUCAGGUUGGAGCCAGGCUUUUAUUUAAUUUCUUUUUUUUUUUUUUUUAUUUUUUUAACUGCCCUACUAAUCCUUUGAAUAUUUGGAAGAUUGGAAGCUAUUCCUGUUCCCUUGUGAUUCCUCCAAAACUGGCGUGCCAAAACGCUGCUUUGUUUUGUGCAGUAAUUUUAAUAUUUUUUUUUUUAGUUGUGUGGGGUUGUUUUAUUUUUAUUUUUUUUAAGCUUGUUGUUUUGUUUUGUUUUGGUUUUUUUUAAAUAUUCCUUAAGGCUGCAGUUCCUGCUCAGAUCCUGAACUUUAAGGAAGGGAGAUGAGGCGGUGCUGGUACCAAACAUGGUCCUUGUCUCCUUUCUGUUCCCUGGCUAUUUGGAGGAUUUAUCACAUGUUUAAUAACUUUUUAAGAUGGAGACCUAAACAAUUGCAGUAUAGUAAAUACAUUAACUCUUCCUUUCCUCUUUCAAGCCAGCACUUGGAUUUGUUGGAAAUGUGGUUUCUCCACACACAAAUCCAACUGUGGCUUUCUCCUCCCUACGCCAAAGCCAUUGGUUUUCCUUGCUGGGCACUUGAUGAUUUGGGGAAGAAACGUGAGGAUUGGAUGAAAAUAUCCAGGCAGAGGGUUUUUAAGGUUAGGGAAGGAGUUGCUGCUGAAGCAAAAAAAGGGGCAAGAGGAGGUUUGGUGAGGGAAAGAAAUUGGAGCGUGGCAUCUUGGCUUCUAUCCCUGCUUAAGAGGGAGCAAAGCUUGGAGAUGCUCCCAGGGAAAGUCUACAAUAAAUAAAUAAAAGCCUAAUAGUAGUAAUGAUAGUACAGAAAUAACAAGGAGUAAAAGCCUGUUGUUCAUUGUGUGCACUGAGUCCCCACAUGCAUAAUUUAAGGUUUAAGAGAGUCAAAACAUAAUAGGAAUAAAAAACAGGAAUAAGAUGGCAGGAGUUGAUGGGUUUCUACAGAGUUUUAUGUAGCAAAUUCUAUAGAAUUUGUUCUUGCUUCUGGGUUUCCAACUCUCCCGUUCCAUCCCUUGCAGCUUCCCGGUGGCAAUCCCAGUCUGCAGCCGAAGAGGUGCAGCCGGAGAUCUGGAUCGCGCAGGAGCUGCGGCGCAUCGGGGACGAGUUCAAUGCCUCCUAUUGUCCACGCAGGGUAACUUUCCCCUCUUGGCUUUCCCAGGUGGGGAACCCCCAGGUGGUGAUCCUGCGCCUGCUGCGUUACAUCAUCCGCCUCAUCUGGAGGCUCCAGUGAGCGCCGGGCGCAUCCCGAGCCACCAGGACUGAAUUCCUCGCUGGGAAAGCCCGGGCAGGAGGGACACACGGAUGGAUGUGGGGCUCCCACGCUGCCUCUCCCCCAGGACACGUGGCAGGAUGAGGGUGGACAUCCCAUUCCCACGGCGGUGUUUUAUGGCAGAGUGCUGUUCGCUCACUGUUUCUCUCCGCUCUUUUUAUUCUUUCAUUUUUUUUGCCUUUUUUUUCCCCGAAAGAGUCUCAGCGGAAAUGUGGAAUAACGUUUUGUCAUCGUUCCUGGAGUCCUGUGGGAUGAGCCCCACGGCAGGAAAGAGGGAAACCUGAGCCAGCUGAUGGGCAGAGCUGUCGGAGUUUGCCUUGCAGAGGCUCGGAUUCCUCCCCUCUCCCUUUCCCUCUGGGCCGUUUGCCCCCCAAAAGGCUGGAAAAAGGGCAGAGGGGUUCAAUCAGCACUUCUUUUACCUGUAAAUACCUAAUGCUACCCCAAAUCCAACUUCAUUUGCAUCAUGCAAAUCAGCCUAUUUCCUGCUGACUGAUUUUUUUUUUGGAUAUCUCUAUUUUUUUGAUCCACUCUGAAUUUCAAGACUUUGCUGUCGAACUCCAGGGUCCAAACCAUCACAACCAACCAACCAAACCCCAAGCCACCAGGUUGCCUUUUUUAAAAAAGAAAUUCUUUCUAUAUAAAACGUGUGAAAACGCUUCUGUAGUGUCUGCUAGCAGAUGUGGGGGACUGAGUAAUCCAGCAAUAAACCAUUCCGGAGGCAGGGAGCAGCUCCCGGAGCGCUGCAGCCGGAGGCGACGGCAGCAGGACCUGCUGUGAGUCGUGGCUGUCAAAGAGAGGUUUCCAAGAUCGCGUUUUCCCGGGAUCCUCUCCGUGUUCGGACGGGGAUGAACGCCCGGCUGCAGACAGAAGGAUGCCAGCCCGACGUGGAUCCAUCCAGGACGUUCCAAAGGGAUCUGAGCGCUCUGUGUCCUCCCACAGAACUUCCCAGGUGCUCCGUGCGGCGGGGCCGUUCCCGCGGAGCCGCGGAUCCGCGCGCGUUCCCGUUGUCUCCCAGCGGAUGUUUUCGGGGGAUCGGCUGCUCCGGCCGUCCCGUAUCUAUGCACAAACCUCCCCCCUCCCUCAGGCUGCUGCAGGUGCUCCCCAAAAUCCACGGGGUCCUUGCUGGUCUCACCAGCACGGUAGGAAAAGAAGGAAAAACCCAUCCCAAGCCCCCCUCGGAGCGGUUCUUCCCACAGGGAGAAGCUGCUGAGUGCCAUGGAUGAUGAUUAGUGUUAAUUAACGAUGGACAGACCCCAGUGGGACCUCUCUGCACGGCUGUGCCCGGCGGGUCGGAGCUCUCUCCUCCCAGAGGGAGUUUUAACAUCGAUUGCCAAUUUAAUUCCCCUUUUUUCCUUGGAAGUGCAAGGUGAGCAGCGGUUGCAGGAGCAGGGAAUGUUUUGGGAAGGGCAUUUUGGAGCCCUUUGUGGGGAACCUUUGCACUGGUGGAGAGCGAGCGGUUCAAAUAACCAGGGAGCUUGGCCAGGGCAGAUCCUGCUCCUCAUCCCUUGGGAUUUGCCUUUGGCUUUGGCUCACCGUGGCUGUGCUGCCCCAGCCAGCCCUACUGUAUGCUGCCACCAGGGAUUUCCCAUGGAAUUCCACUGGUAAAAUGAAAAUUGAACGGAUAAAACUCGGCAGCAGAGGUGGUGGGGGGUGGGGAAACCCAGUGAGAUUUUUGUUUUUUCUGCCGCUUUUGUUCCAUCGUUGCCGGUGGAUAAAAUGGUGCUUUGGGAUCUCCCAACCUUUGGCAUCCCGGAAUGUGUCCCUUGGAGUACACCAAAGAAUCACCAAAGAGCACUUUACCCCGUCCUCCCACGGAGACAAAGACCAGGUUCGUUUUAAGGAGAAAAUAAAAAUAAAAAUUCAAGGUAUUGGCAAAGUCUCCCAGGGUCUUCUCCACAGGAGGAGUUCCCAGCCUAGAAUCAUAGGAAAAGGAACCCUCGAAAAGCGGGAUUCCUGUGGCAUCGUGAGGUUUAGUGGGAAAAAGCCCUCCCCAAAAAAAGCCUCAAAACAGAAGGAUGAUAUAAAAUAGGGAUUUCUGCUCCUUUCAGCCAUGUUGGCUGCCUGCUCUGGGUCGUGUUUUAGCGUAGCCUGUGCUCUGUGUUGCACCAAAAGGAUGAAGAGUUUUCCUUGGAAACCAGAUUGAUCCCAUUCUCGCUUCUCCUCUUUUCCACCAAACUGUAAAUACCCAAAUAUUUAUUAGAGUAGAGCACCGUAUUAUUUUCAUCAUCUGAGCCAAAUAUCUGUGUGCAAUGUACUCCCUCUCCUUUUCUCUCCUGUAAGUUUUGUACAGCUUUAGAAACACUUUCAAAAAACCUAAAAAAAAAAUUAAAAAAAUAAAAAAUUCCUAUUCUUUUUCCUACACUUUUUUAGAGUUGGUAAAUACUGUAGGUCCUUUCUUUGUUUUUGUUGGUUUUUUUUUCUCCCCCCUGUGUAAUUAAUGCACUCUACUGUUUAAUGCUGUAACUUGUAGAAAUGUUGUAUAUUUAUUUCUUGCUUAUUUAAGUUCCUGUGAAGAUUUGGUUUCCUCCCUGCCAGAAGUGUUGGAUCCCCUUCCAAAGCCAUCGCGGUGUGGAUAACAAGAUUUUAAUCUUUUUUUUUUUUUUUUCCUCUCCAAGUGCCUAAGUCCCCACUUCCCAGGAGUGAUUUAGGCACAUCAAAGACUUCAGCAUUAGUGAAAUUCAGUGGGAAUUUGGAAUUUGGCUCUUCCACCCCCCCAGGGAUUGCUCCAGCCAGGUUUUCCUGGAGCAGCCGUCCCGUGGGAUCGCGUGCAUCACUAAAUCGUGUCGCAGGACCCAGCGUAUGUAGCAUUUUUGACUGCAAUUUCCCUGCCUUCCUUGUGUUUUGCACUGAUGAAUUUUGGACAGGGUAAUUGCCACUUUACUUGUGCAAUACUGCUGUAAAUAAUCGCAAGAGCCUUGUUUUGGUUUUUUUUUUUUUGGGGGUUGUUUUUUGGUUUUGUUUUUAAGAAUCUUUUAUGUCCUUAAUAUGAGUUUUAUAUGAAUAAAAACUUUCAAUUAUU